AGCAGCGAGACGUGCUCGAGAUGAAGACGAUCUUCAUCCUCUUCGCUGUCCUCGGGAUAACAGCAGCAAAGGCUGUUCCUGCCCCCCGAAUUAGCGUACACACACGCAACCUCCAGGAUGACCUCAAUGACUUCCUCGUCCUGAUCCCCGUCGACGAAAUUGUCGCUAUCGUCACCGAUCACUUGGCCAACGACCCUGAGGUGCAGGCUGCUGUUCAGUACAUACUCUCCGAUGACUUCAAGAGCAUUGUCCUGGCCAUCGACGCUCUCCCAGAAUACAUUGAUUUCCUCAACUACCUGCAAGAGUCCGGCCUCGAUGUCUACAAAUACGUGAACGCUCUACACGACUUCCUGGGACUGCCCCAGCUUACCCCUCCAUCCAAGCUGAGACACACCAGGAGCAUCCGUUCCAUGGUCGACGAGAUUCUCGCCAUCUUGCCACUGGACGAACUCCGCGCUCUGUUCGACGAGAAGCUGGAAACCAGCCCCGACUUCAAGGAGCUCUACGACAGGAUCAGGUCUCCCGAAUUCCAGUCGAUCGUGGAAACUCUGAACUCGCUGCCAGAGUACCAGGAGCUGCUUCAGAAACUGAGGGACGCUGGCAUCGACGUCGACGCAUUCAUUGACCUGAUUCGCGGUCUUUUCGGCCUCAAGAAGGCCAACCGCAACCUCCAGGAUGACCUCAAUGACUUCCUCGCCCUGAUCCCCGUCGACGAAAUUGUCGCUAUCGUGCUCGACCACUUGGCCAACGACCCUGAGGUGCAGGCUGCUGUUCAGUACAUACUCUCCGAUGACUUCAAGAGCAUUGUCCUGGCCAUCGACGCUCUCCCAGAAUACAUUGAUUUCCUCAACUACCUGCAAGAGUCCGGCCUCGAUGUCUACAAAUACGUGAACGCUCUACACGACUUCCUGGGACUGCCCCAGCUUACUCCUCCAUCCAAGCUGAGACACACCAGGAGCAUCCGUUCCAUGGUCGACGAGAUUCUCGCCAUCUUGCCACUGGACGAACUCCGGGCUCUGUUCGACGAGAAGCUGGAAACCAGCCCCGACUUCAAGGAGCUCUACGACAGGAUCAGGUCUCCCGAAUUCCAGUCGAUCGUGGAAACUCUGAACUCGCUGCCAGAGUACCAGGAGCUGCUUCAGAAACUGAGGGACGCUGGCAUCGACGUCGACGCAUUCAUUGACCUGAUUCGCGGUCUUUUCGGCCUCAAGAAGGCCAACCGCAACCUCCAGGAUGACCUCAAUGACUUCCUCGCCCUGAUCCCCGUCGACGAAAUUGUCGCUAUCGUGCUCGACCACUUGGCCAACGACCCUGAGGUGCAGGCUGCUGUUCAGUACAUACUCUCCGAUGACUUCAAGAGCAUUGUCCUGGCCAUCGACGCUCUCCCAGAAUACAUUGAUUUCCUCAACUACCUGCAAGAGUCCGGCCUCGAUGUCUACAAAUACGUGAACGCUCUACACGACUUCCUGGGACUGCCCCAGCUUCCUCCUCCAUCCAAGCUGAGACACACCAGGAGCAUCCGUUCCAUGGUCGACGAGAUUCUCGCCAUCUUGCCACUGGACGAACUCCGGGCUCUGUUCGACGAGAAGCUGGAAACCAGCCCCGACUUCAAGGAGCUCUACGACAGGAUCAGGUCUCCCGAAUUCCAGUCGAUCGUGGAAACUCUGAACUCGCUGCCAGAGUACCAGGAGCUGCUUCAGAAACUGAGGGACGCUGGCAUCGACGUCGACGCAUUCAUUGACCUGAUUCGCGGUCUUUUCGGCUUGCCUACGAGGAAAUUGUAAACAAUGACUGUCAACUGUUAAAUACAAUG